GUCUCUUCCCCUGAUUUCUCGGUCAGGAUCAAUAGCACCGCUAUCAACCCAUCCCGCCAAUGAUACCACAAAGCUCCUAAUUCACUCCUUGGGUAUCUCUUGCCUUGACUACUGCAACUCUCUCCUCAUUGGCUGACCUUUACAUAGACUAUCCCCCCUCCAGUCCAUCAUGAAUGCUGCUGCCAGGCUCAUCCACCUUUCCAACCGUUCAGUGUCCUCCACCCCUCUCUGCCAAUCCCUCCACUGGCUUCCAUUCAGUGUCCUCCACCUCUCUGCCAAUCCCUCCACUGGCUUCCAUUCAGUGACCUCCACCCCUCUCUGCCAAUGCCUUCACUGGCUUCCAUUCAGUGUCCUCCACCCCUCUCUGCCAAUCCCCCCACUGGCCUCCAUUCAGUGUCCUCCACCCCUCUCUGCCAAUCCCUCCACUGGCCUCCACUCACUGUCCUCCACCCUCUCUGCCAAUCCCUUCACUGGUUUCCACUCA